CCCCCGACAACAGUCCCCGACCUCCGUCAGAAAUGGGGAACGUGCAGUCGGAGCCGGCUGCGGGCGGGAGCUCCCGAAAAGAGCAAGCCUCGGACCGCUCCUCUGACUCCCGCCGGACGUCCCUGGUGGAGCCCGAGGUGACCCCCUCUUCCCCAGCCAUGCGCCUGGCUCGCGGGCUGGGCGUCUGGUUCCCUGGCAGCUCCGCGCCCCCGGGACUCCUGGUACCCCCGGAGCCCCAGGCCUCAACCUCGCCCCUGCCCCUGACCUUACAACUGCCCUCGCCAGUGACGCCCCUUUCAGAGGAGGCGGCUGCGGCCGCGGUCUCCACACCACCCCCGCCCCCCGUGGGGACCCUGCUGCCCGCGCCGUCUAAGUGGCGAAAACCCACGGGCACUCCGGUGCCCCGGAUCUGCGGUCUGCUGGAGGCGAGCCAUCGCGGCCAGGGCGAUCCUCCGAGCCUCCGUCCGCUGCCGCCGCCGCCCCGGCAACCAACUGGAGAGGACCGCAACUCUAUCCCGGGGGCCCCAUCCCCUGCUCAGCCGCCCUUGGAGCCGCGGAAGCUGCCACCACCGCCACCUUCCGACCGGCAGCCCCCGCACCACCGAAUCAUUCCUGCUCUGGCCACACCCGCCGCAGCCCCCACAGAAAGCCAGGUCGGGUACGGCAGCGAGGGCCAGACGGCCGUUGGAGCCCGCAGAGGGGCGCCUCCCCAAGCGGGCGAGGGCGAAAUGGCCCGGCCUACGGUCUCCGAGUCCGGCUUGAGUCUGCUGUGUAAAGUCACCUUCAAGUCGGGGCCCACUUUGGCCCCUCCGGCAGCCUCGAGUUCCUUAGCGGCCAAAGCCUCGCUCGCGGGCGGCGGAGGCGGAGAACUCUUCGCUGCUGCCUCGGGUUCCAUCUCUUACGCUGAGGUCCUGAAGCAGGGGCCCCUGGCCCCUGGGGCCGCUCGACCCUCGAGAGAGGUCCCUCGGGGGCCUCAGGAAGCAGAAGGCGGUGAUGGAGACGGCGAGGGGUGUUCUGGACCCCCCUCGGCGUCUGUGUCCCACGUCAGGACCCUUCCGCCGCCACCGUACACCACCUUUCCAGGCUCGAAGCCCAAAUUUGACUGGGUGAGCCCUCCCGACGGCCCCGAACGCCACUUCCGUUUCAAUGGAUCCGGCGGCGGUGUCGGGGUGCCCCGACGGCGGGCGGCCGCGCUCUCGGGGCCCUGGGGCUCCCCACCGCCUCCGCCAGGGCAGACGCACCCAGCUCCCGGGCCCCGGAGGCCUGCACCGGCCCUGCUGGCGCCGCCUAUGUUCAUCUUCCCGGCGCCCACCAAUGGCGAGCCUGUGAGCCCGGGGCCGGGAGGCCCACAGGAG